AUGGAAGAUUCCUCAUCCUAUAAGACUGUCUUUUCUUUUGGACGUUUCAAACUCCGGAAAUUACAAAAUGGUCCCGCUUCGGAGCAAGACAAUAGCAGUCCCAAAGGUUCAGCAGAUCUUCCAUCUUCCACACAAGCAGAAGAAAAUGGAUCCCUUUCAGCUCCACCCGAUUAUGAGACUUCGAUUGAUGCCUGCCCUCGCUAUGAGUUUUAUGCGCUCUCUGCACCGCCUGGACGUCGGAAGAUUCGGCCCACACUGGACAUGCUGAGGAAUGCAGAACCGGUAAGAGGUAUGGAGUCUGGGGCUAAGAAUGAAGAGGAGAAGGACGUGGAAGCUGCCGAACCGGAAGGAGAGCCUGUUCGAUUUGGCUGGGUGACAGGAGUCAUGAUCCGAUGCAUGCUGAAUAUUUGGGGUGUGAUCCUUUAUUUACGUUUGCCCUGGAUAACGGCCCAGGCUGGCAUAGGGUUAACUUGGUUGAUCAUUAUCAUGUCCUCUGUGGUGACCAGCAUUACUGGUCUCUCUAUCUCUGCAAUUUCCACCAACGGCAAGGUCAAAGCAGGGGGAACCUACUUCCUGAUCUCUCGCAGCUUGGGCCCAGAACUUGGUGGAUCCAUUGGUCUUCUCUUCUCCUUUGCCAAUGCUGUGGCCGUGGCCAUGCAUGUGGUGGGCUUCUCCGAAACAGUGAAGGACCUCCUGGUGGAAUUUGAUGCCGUGAUGACUGAUCCAGUGAAUGAUAUCCGCAUUGUGGGUGUGAUCACUGUCACCGUCCUGCUUGGAAUUGCAUUGGCUGGCAUGGAAUGGGAAGCGAAAGCUCAGGUUGUCUUCUUCUUUGUCAUUAUGGUGUCCUUUGUCAACUAUUUUGUUGGGACCUUAAUCCCUGCCACACCAGAGAGAAUGUCCAAGGGCUACUUCAGCUAUCGUGGUGACAUCUUCUUGGAGAACAUCAGGCCAGAAUGGCGAGGUGAAUCAGGCAGUUUUUUUGGCAUGUUCUCCAUAUUCUUCCCUUCUGCCACCGGGAUCCUGGCUGGAGCCAAUAUUUCAGGAGACCUGAAGGAUCCGGCAGUGGCCAUCCCCCAGGGAACACUAAUGGCCAUCUUCCUGACCACCCUCAGCUAUUUGGCCAUUUCUGCCACCAUAGGGGCUUGUGUCAUCCGUGAUGCCAGUGGAAAUCUAAAUGACACUCUUUUGGCUUCCAACUUCACCGGCAGAGACUGUGUUGGCUUGGGCUGCAGGUACGGCUGGAACUUCACUGAGUGCACCGCAGGACAGACCUGUGAAUAUGGCCUUGCCAACGACUACCAGACAAUGAGCAUGGUGUCCGCAUUCAGCCCCCUGAUCACCGCAGGAAUCUUCGCUGCUACCCUCUCCUCGGCUUUGGCUUGCCUCGUCUCUGCCCCCAAAGUCUUCCAGUGUCUCUGUCAAGACAACCUCUACCCUCUCAUUGGCUUUUUCGCCAAGGGUUACGGAAAGAAUAAGGAGCCACUGAGGGCUUAUGGUCUGACCUUCAUCCUAGCCAUUGCCUUCAUUCUCAUUGCUGAACUGAACACGAUCGCCCCCAUCAUCUCCAACUUCUUCCUCUGCUCUUAUGCCCUGAUCAACUUCAGCUGCUUCCAUGCUACCAUCACCAACUCCCCAGGCUGGAGGCCUUCCUUCCGCUACUUCAGCAAAUGGACCGCCCUCUUUGGAUCCAUCGUCUCAGUGGUCAUCAUGUUCCUGCUGACUUGGUGGGCAGCCCUCAUUGUCGUCGGGGUCAUCAUUGUGAGCUUGGCGUAUGUCACCUACAAGAAACCAGAGGUGAACUGGGGCUCCUCAGUGCAGGCUGGUACCUACAACAUGGCUCUGUCAAAUGCCAUGAACCUGACCAAUGUGGAGGACCACGUCAAGAACUUCCGGCCUCAGUGUUUGGUCCUCUCAGGUCCUCCCAGCUUUCGACCAGCCCUGGUGGAUUUUGUUGGCGCCUUCACCAAAAACAUCAGUCUCAUGAUAUGCGGAAAUGUGGCUGAGCUACAUGAUUCCUCCUGCGUCGGGGAUUACGACGAGCAACUCCAGUGGCUCGGCACACGGAAAAUCCGCUCGUUCUACAGCUACAUCACAACCGGAGACUUACGAUCGGGAGCUAGAAGCCUUAUGCAGGUUUCGGGUCUAGGACGUCUAAAACCCAACACAGUCAUUCUUGGUUAUAAGUGUGAUUGGCAGACCGACUCUCCCCACAACCUGGAGAAUUAUGUGGGCAUAAUACAUGACUCCUUUGAUUUCGGCGCUGGAGUCUGCCUGCUUCGGAUGCAUGACGGGCUGGAUAUGUCGCGGACGGUGAAAGCCCAAGUGAACCUGGGUUUUGAAGACACAGAAGCCGCCUUGGGGAAGGAAAAACAGAAACGUGACAUGUACAAAGUUGGUGCCGAUGCCCACUUGGAAACAGUGUUCCAGAGCAAGCAGAAGAAGAAAAAUAUCGACAUAUAUUGGCUGUUCGAUGAUGGUGGGCUGACCCUCCUCAUCCCCUAUCUCCUGACCCGCCGGAAAUGCUGGAGGCAGUGCAAAGUCCGAGUCUUCAUCAGUGGGCAGAUCUCUAACGCCGAGGAACACAGAGAAGAGAUCAGGUUUCUAUUGGACAAAUUCCGCCUGGGCUUCAACGAGGUUGUGGUGCUGCCUGAAAUAAUGUGGAAACCAGAGGAGACAAGUUGCAAAGAAUUUGAGGACCUUAUAGCUCCAUAUCGUCUCAACGAGGGCCAAAAAGAUACUGAAACUGUAGAAGCAGUGAAGAAGGAAAUGCCAUGGAAAGUCACCAGUGAAGACCUCAGAAUCUACAAGAAAAAGUCUGAACAGCACAUGCGUCUUCAUGAGGUUCUACAAGAUCACUCCCACAAUGCAGCCCUCAUCGUCAUAAGCCUUCCAGUGGUACGUAAAGGAGCCUGUCCCAGCUCCCUCUACAUGGCCUGGCUUGAGACAGUCUCCAAAGACUUGCGUCCACCCGUUGUCUUCAUCCGGGGGAACCAGGAGGCUGCACUCACCCUCUACUGCCAAUAG